UUUCCUUCCCCUAAAAACUUUAAAAGGAAGUGGUGAUGCUGACUCUUCUCUUUGUUCGGCUAUUGGCAGCACACCGCCGUCUGUCUAACCUUUACAUUUACGGCAUUUGGCAGACGAUCUGAUCCAGAGCGACUUACAAUCUGAUCAUUUUACACAGUCAUGGCCGUGAACGUCUUCUCUACGUCGGUAACCAGUGAAAACCUUAGUCGCCACGAUUUGUUGACAUGGAUCAACAACUCUCUGCACAUGAGCCAUUCCAAGAUCGAGCAGCUGUGUUCAGGUGCUGCCUACUGUCAGUUCAUGGACAUGUUGUUCCCGUCUUCUUUGCCCUUGAAGAAAGUGAAAUUCCAGGCUAAGCUGGAGCAUGAGUAUAUCCACAACUUUAAACUCCUUCAAAACAGCUUUAAGAAGCUUGGGGUGAACAAAAUUAUCCCCGUGGACAAGCUUGUCAAAGGGAAAUUCCAGGAUAACUUUGAGUUUGUGCAGUGGUUUAAGAAGUUCUUUGACGCUAACUACGAUGGGAAGGAGUAUGAUCCAGAAGCGGCGCGGCAGGGACAGGAGGUCGCUACCUCAGAGCGUCCGGCUGCAGCCGUGGCAAAUAAAGCAAAGAAAAGUAGCACAGAGGCACGCAUUACCCCGGUCAAGCCAACAGCUCCAGUUGCUCCUCAGCGAUCGACCACUGCUGCCCCCAAGCCAGCGCCGUCUGCAGCAAGGAGGACGGGGUUGGUGGCUGCAGAGGAGGAUAGUGAAGAGCUUACUCAAAUGAUCAGUGAUCUGAAAUGCGCCGUCACAGAUUUGGAGAAGGAGAGAGACUUUUAUUUCGGCAAACUGAGGAAUAUUGAGCUCCUUUGCCAGGAGAAGGAGGGGGAGGCUGACCCCACGCUGCAGAAGAUCCUUGAUAUUCUGUAUGCCACAGAUGAAGGUUUUGUGAUUCCUGGGGACGACGCGGGUGAACCAGAAGAGUUUUGACCGAUCUCUAGGCUACAUUCAGCUCUUGAGCAAGUGUGUGUGCUUGCACGUUGUACGGAUUUCUUCGGUCAGCCACCUUUGGCACAUUGCUUUUGCACAUUGACCUUUUUGAAUGUUUUAUACUUGGAGAAGUUCUAUUUCUGUGCUCUGACAUGUCUUUGAAGUAACAGAUUAUUUUGAUAAAAUAUUAUCAUUAAUGCUAUUAAAGGUGUUUCAUUGUUGCACUUUCAACAAAA